AUGGCGGAAAAGCCUAGUACAUCUGCUUCUAAAACAGAAAAACUGCAAAAAGUGUCUAGCCCAUUGAUUCGUUACUACAUCACAAUCGCACUUUUCACAUCGUUUUUUGGUCAAUUUCGCCAUGUCGACUUUUUUUCAGCGCCGCGUAUACUAGUAUUGCUUUUAUACGCGGCGCUAGCAAACGUCGAUUUUAUGACGUCAAAAGUAUUUUCCAUCUCUAACGUUAACGUUUUGACGUCAAGUUUCCUUAGUAACGUCAGUUGCAAGUUUAAAGUGACAUUAAAGAUGGCAUUCCAGGGGAAAAGACGUUUUUUCAACCGAAGGCGUUUUUAUGCUAAAAAGAGAUAUUUUAAUCGUCGAAGAAGGAAUUUUUAUAGACGUAGACGUGCUCCUAUUCGUAGAAGGACCUAUAGGAGAAGAUCUAACUUUAUGAAGAGGAUCUAUAAAGGAAUUGUUCAUUCUGAACAUAAAGCUUCUCACGAAUUUAAUCUUGGUGCUAAAGGAAUCUACACCUCCAAUCUUUGUUGGAACUGGCAUACUUUUUUGACUGGUUCUAUAAAGAGUCAGACUUCAUCUUAUCUUAAUCUCUUUGAUGAAGUGAAGAUUCGACACGUUACCCUGGUGUAUUGGCUGAGGAAUAAUGGUAAUAGUUCUAUUACUUAUGAACAACCUACUAUGACCACCACUUAUGACCCCGAUGCUCAAGGUCGUACGAUGUCUAUUGAUAAUCAGAACUGCUGUCCUAAUACCCGAGAGAAGUUAAUUCGUUAUGGAAAGAAGUACAAAUUGAGGAUGUAUCCUAAGUUUCAACCUAAAUUGUCUGCUGCCAAAUCGGUUGCCAUUGGGGGCAAUGCUGUAUCCCCCUGGAUUGAUGCUGCCUACUUCACUUAUAGUGCCUCUCCUGCCUCUUCUAUGAAUGGAAUUAUCUACACACUUAAAGCUUCUCCUAAUACCUUUGUAGAGGGAUAUUAUAGUGUUGGUCUUUCUUGGAAAGGACGCAGAGAUGGACAGAUCUAUACAGCCAAAGAUGAUCUUUAUUCUGCUGCUACUCCUGAAGGAUUUGAAGUUUUGGAGGGGUUUGAUACUGUCAACUAG